UCGCCGCGCCUCUUCCAGCUCUGACACGUCAUCGAGGUCAGACAGACAACACCGGAGUAAAGAUGGCGGCAGCCUACGAGCGCUUCAAACUGCACACAAGCCCUGAGAAGUUUUACAUAGAAGCCUGCGAUGAUGGAGCUAAUGAUGUUCUCGCCAUUGACAGGGUGUCUACGGAAAUGACCCUCACAGUUAAGAAGGACAUCCCUCCCUCUGCUGUCACUAGACCAAUAUGUGGAAUUAUGGGAACAAUUCGUCUGGUUGCAGGCAUGUAUCUUAUCAUUAUUACCAAAAAGAAAAAGGUUGGAGAUUUAUUCGGUCACAACAUCUGGAAGGCUACAGAAUUUGACAUAAUUUCUUACAAAAAGACUGUGCUGCACUUGACAGAUAACCAGCUCACAGAGUUUAGAGAAUGGAAGCAGAUGCAAGAUAACAAGUGUUUCUUAGCAAUGCUCAACAACGUAUUGAAUACAGAUGGGUUUUACUUUGCUACCAACUAUGACCUGACACACUCCUUACAGCGGUUGUCCAACACCAGCCCAGAGUUUCAAGAAAUGAGCCUACUGGAGAGGGCAGAUCAGAGGUUUGUGUGGAAUGGGCACCUUCUGAGAGAGUUCACAGCACAGCCUGAGCUCCAUAAAUUUGCAUUCCCAGUGCUCCAUGGAUACAUUGUAGUGAAAUCUUGCUGUAUUAAUGGCAAAUACUUUGACUGGAUCAUUAUCUCGAGGAGAAGCUGUUUCAGGGCUGGGGUGCGAUACUAUGUCAGAGGUAUCGAUUCAGAAGGUCAUGCUGCUAAUUUUGUUGAAACGGAACAAAUAGUCCAGUACAAUGGAAGCAAAGCUUCAUUCGUGCAGACUCGUGGAUCAAUGCCAUUUUUCUGGUCACAAAGACCAAACCUCAAGUACAAACCAAAGCCACAAAUCAGCAAAACUAUCAAUCAUAUGGAUGGCUUCCAGAGACAUUUUGAUUCACAAAUUAUCAGCUAUGGAAAGCAAGUCGUGUUAAACUUGAUAAACCAGAAGGGCUCUGAAAAUCCUCUGGAGCAGGCUUUUGCAAAAAUGGUGAAGAGCCUGGGUAAUGGAAUGGUGAAGUACGUAGCAUUUGAUUUCCACAAGGAAUGUAGCCAAAUGAGAUGGGAACGACUUCAGAUUUUAGUGGAUCGGGUUGCGGAGAUGCAGGAUGAGUUUGGUUACUUCAUGGUGGAUUCAGAUGGAAAGGUCCUGAUGCAGCAGGAAGGCACAUUCCGUAGCAACUGCAUGGACUGUCUGGAUCGGACUAACGUGAUUCAGAGCCUGUUGGCACGUCGCUCUUUGCAGUCACAACUACAGAGACUUGGAGUUCUUCAUGCUGGACAAAGGAUUGAAGAGCAAGAUGAUUUUGAAAAUAUAUACAAGAAUGCAUGGGCAGACAAUGCUAAUGCAUGUGCCAAACAGUACGCCGGGACAGGGGCCUUGAAGACUGAUUUUACAAGGACUGGCAAGAGGACUCAGUGGGGGCUGGUCAUGGAUGGCUGGAACUCGAUGAUCAGAUACUACAAGAACAACUUUUCAGACGGCUUCAGACAAGAUUCCAUAGAUCUUUUUCUUGGUAACUACGCCGUGGAUGAAGCUGACAGCUCAACACCUCUCCAUGUGCAAAAGGACUGGAAGUUCCUAACUUUGCCUAUCAUCAUGGUGGUUGCAUUCUCCAUGUGUAUUAUAUGUCUCCUCAUGGCAGGUGACACUUGGACAGAGACCUUGGCCUAUGUGCUCUUCUGGGGAACAGCCAGCAUUGGGACCGCAGCCAUCAUUCUUUUCAAUGGCAACGAGUUUGUAGAUGCUCCGAAGCUUGUUCAGAAGGAAAAAAUGGACUGAAUCUGUGUGUGUGGAAAGCAGCUUGGUCACCAGGAUUCCUCUUUGCACACUUGGAGUCUGUACUGACCUGCUUUCCACACAUGGGAAAUAGGCUUUUUAUCAAGAUAUAUAAAAAUAAGAAAAAAAAGGUGUCUUUGCUGUUAAUGGUGGAGGUAUGCUUUUGGGAUCCAAGAGUUUAUUCUUAUCUGAAAGGCAGAACAUCUCAUCAGUGUAUGGCACCUUACUAGGGUUAAUAUAAAUACUUUUGUUUUACAGCUAGCCAUACUGUACUUGUCUGAAGUUGUCUUAUCAAUGUCCAGAUCUAACAUAUACACACAAAUAUUAUGUUUCUAAUAAUCAAUACCUUUAUGUAUUGAUCUGAGUGUGUGUUACAGACCAGUAGAAGAAAUGUUAAUGCACAUCUUACCUAGAGCAAAGCUCAUAUGGUAAAAUAAGAGUUGGGGCAGCAUAUAGAUUCCUAUUUACCUGUAUCCCAAGCAUGUUUAGAUGUAAAUUGCUACCACUAGCAUAAUAACCAGGAAACCUGGCACUAAUAUGAGAUACGAAUAGUGGUUUUAUGAGCUACACUAAAGAACCAAAUGCCCAUAACUAGUCUAUAUAAAGACAUGUAUCUUCCGUAAGUAACAUUUUUUUUUUUUAUCCCUGUAAGUUGCCAUAUUGUUGUGAUAUUCUGCUCUGUACUUGUGAAUACCUUUCCUUUCUGUUAAUCGGUUUUACAGCAUAUUUGAUUUUGCUUCUCAGAGUGAGGUGGUUUUAUCUUUCGGUUACUGAGCAGUAGUGUUGGUUUUUGUCUUAAUCUUUUUUUUUAUUUUUGGACACUCUGCUUGUCCAGUGUAGUUAUCCAAUCUCAUCUGUCUUCCCAAUAUGCUUCUGUGCAAUGGAGGGGAGUAUCCACAAGUGUAUAUUAUAUAUUAAUAAUGUAUAUUAUAGUAUAAGCUGUUUCAUUCUGAUAUGGUUACAGGAUGAAAGAAUUAGAUCAUGUAAAAUCAGUUAUGCCUUUUAUGUAUCUUUCCUUUUUUUAAUUCAGAAAUCCAAAGCAUAAUGCAUAUUGACAGUAUUAACAUAUUUGUUAUAUUGUUUUCUUAUUUUCCAGUCAGCUUUUUCUAUUUAUUGACACUUGGCAAUAAUCUAUCAUUUAAUAUGUCUUGGGAACUCUAGUAUAUUUCAAGGUACACAUAACCUGUAAUAUGUAUUUUCUCUGCAUGGCAUUCAUAUUCUUUUAUAAUAAGCUGUGUACCUAGGCUUUAUUUAUUACAAAAGGUUUUUAUUGGGAUUUCAGUCUAAGCUGGAAGGAGGUACUAAUUGGCACUGGAAAGGAACUACUAAUUCUUGCGACCAACUCAAGCUUGUCUUCAAUGUGAUCUCUAUAAUUUUUUAUUAAUAUUAUUUUUAGUUAAAUCUAUAUAACUAGAUAUAUUAUUGUAAUUACAUGUGCAAUACAAAUUAAUGUCAGUAUAAAUUAAAAAUACAAGUAGAGCUGGCAGAUAUGUGCACAUCUGUUCCCAUUAUAUUACUGAUUGACACAUUUUUUUAAACAAGUGAGCAAGAUCCAUAUAGUAUAGCGAUGGCAACUAAAAAUGAUGUAAGAGUAUUAAUGGUGCAUUAUUUUGGAUGUAUGUUUUACUUAAGAUUAUGUUCUGAAAGGACAAGACUCCUGUAAUAUAGUAGCAUAUGACUGCAGAGAUCUCCCUUUGCAGGGAUAAUUUAUGUCAAUGUCCUAAAAGAUAAUUUUGCUGUAUUAAAUCUUUAACAAGCAAAUAUCAGUUAGAUGGGCAAGCUCACAUUUUUUUUCUUUGUUCAAAGCUUUUCUUCUGUGUGAGCUUAAAGGGUACAUAAGGACCUUUUUAUUUUAUUGUAUUACAUGUUCCCAUGUGUUGCUAUAGCUGCCUACAUAAGGUGUGUGUUGUUGGUUUUUUUUUUUUUUGUUGGUUUUUUUUAACUUUUACAUUGCAUUCCCUGCCUCAAGAUGGCUUCCCAUGUACCUGCAUUGACCUCUCAGAACUACAUUUCCCAUCAUCCUCCUGCUCACUGGUAAAUCCAUGUCAGGAUGAUGGGAAAUGUAGUUCUGAGGGGUCCAUGCGGGUACAUGGGAAGCCAUCUUGAGGCAGGGAAAGCAAUGUAAAAGUAAAAGUGGUCAAAAUGUAAAAAAAAAAAAAUAAUUUAAACAACACACACUUUUCGUAAACAGUUGUAGCAACACAUGGGAACAUUUAACACAAUAAAAUAAAAAGGUCCUUUUGUACCCUUUAAGGAAUGGUUUAUUGAGUUCCUUUUUUAAUCAGAUUUUAACUACAUGGGUCUGAAAGCUUAUUCUUCCAUUUCCAGUGUGCAACAUGUUUAAAAAGACCAAACUGCACUUGAGCUUCCAAAAUGGACCUGCCCAAUUAAUAGGAGCAUUAGACUGAACUUGAACAAAACUAGUUCUAGUUGUAAUCCAUAGAAUUAGAAUGCUACAGCAGUAUUUGCGUGCUAAACUUUUUUGGUGCCUCUGGUGCUUGAGAGAAUUUUUUGCAUUCCUGUACAUGCUCUGGAACUUAGGAAACAAUGCCGUUUUAUUCCUGGCAAAAGACAAACAUCAUAAUGCUGCUGUAUGAUGCUGUUGGCUUAACUCUUGCUGUGAUAAAAAAAGUGGUCAGCCCUUACACAUCACAGUAGUGACACCAAGGAGCCAUCCAAAUCCAUCUUGUGGUCUUUGCAGAGUUGUCAGGGGAUGAAAACAAGACUUGUGUUGCAUUCCAGGUUUUACUGUCUGCCUAAUUAGUUUAUAAAAUUACUAAUUGUCUCAGUUACCAACCAUAUAGAGGAAAAGGUGGGACUAGUCACAGUAAAACAUGGAAUGUUUCAAACUGCCUUUUUGCAUGUCACUGCUUGGGGUAACAAUAGUGGUUGGACUCCAGUAUACUGAAGGGGCUCAUCUUUGCCCUCAUUACAAGAUUUUUCUUGCUGAUCUCUGCAAUAUUGAAACGGCUAUCUCUUUCUGACCACUGUCAUUCCAUGUUUUAAGUGGUUUGUUAAUGGUUUGUUUUGUUUUAAAGAUUUAAUAAAAUCUCAGAUGGAAAACAAUAGCAAAUGUAAUUUCUUUUUUUUUUUUUCCUUUUUUUUGUAUUUAAUACCUGUACUCUUGUUAAUAUUGAUUGAUUCGCAGCAGCUUUGUGCUCUGGGAAAGUAGAGGCUUGUUUUAUAGCCAGUAAGGGGUUUUGUUUGUGCAGAACUUGCCAUGCAUUUCUGUUUGUUAGAAAAUAUGGUCCACCCAGAUUAUCUGUGAUGAGCUAUGGUUUAUAUCAGGUUCUCACUUUUCUAAUUUGAAGAUAUAAUGUGGUGCAACACAGCCUGCUUUACUGUAGUAACUGAAAAAGACCAUUUAGAUUUAUCAAGUUUUGUACCUACUCAUAUUCUUUUAUCUAUUCCCUUUCACGUUCCAUGAAAAUGUAAGGCUUGGAUAAGUCAUUGGUCUCAGACUACUGGCAAGCACAAGACUAUCUAAAUACAUAAAAAAAUCUUGGCUUUCCUGUUCGUCUGACACUGAUCUGAACCAGACUUUUUUUAAGAAAAUAUGCAGAACUUUAAAAUACAAUCGCAUACAGAAACCUUACUUUUUCUAUCACAAAAUAAGAUCUGUACCACAAAAUUAUGGGGUCUUUAGGUAAAUAUAAUUCUGUUUGAAUUCUUAAAUUUAAAAUAUUGUCUCGCCAACUAAAAGGAUGGGAUUUUGUUUGAUAAUUUUGUAUGAUAAUUGCAAGAACAAAAAUUAACAAUUGUGUGAUUAAUUGGUUCAAUGAUCUGCUGUGGUUUAAUGGACUACAGGGGUCUUUGUUUAAUAAAACUGCCAACCUUGCUCUUUUGCCACCCAAUUAUUUCCUGAACAAAUCAUGUGCCAAGAUGCAGGUACUUUAGUGGUGUUUUCCCUGUUUUUUAUUUAUAUAACCCCAUGGGCCUGAUUUACUAAGCUUUUAAUUGUAAA